UAAGGCAAUACGAUUGGCCACAUGUUUUAUCCAUCACAAGAUUAUCUGUUUCAGGGUAGGUUGGUAUUUUAGCAGGACUGAUGGGAAGAAGCAGCAGUUAAAAUCGUAAAAGAGGAGACCGCUACUAUCACGAAUUACUUUGCACGAAAUUGUUAUGAGAAGUUGUCUGCAGACAUUCUGUGGAUGCGUGCCAGAACUGUCCUGUUAACAGUGCAUCGUUUUGUUAUAGAUUUGCAUUAGGAUUUUUUUUUAAACAUUCUUUGCUUAUUGUCUUUUGUUGGAAAGAAAAAUACAACAACAUUCUUUUAAGUUUUUUUUUUUUUUUGUUUGUUUGUUUGUUUUUGCUAAUAAUUAUUUAUUCGCACUGAUCAUAUUGCUGUUGUGGGGAAAAAGAUGGGAUUGCCCGCUUUGGAGUUCAGCGACUGUUACCUGGACAGCCCACAGUUCAGGGAAAGGUUGAAAUCUCACGAACUGGAAUUGGAUAAGACUAACAAGUUUAUCAAGGAGCUGAUCAAAGAUGGGAAGGCACUCGUCCAAUCACUGAACAAUAUGUCCUCAGCGAAGAGAAAGUUUGCUGAAUCUCUAAAUGAAUUCAAGUUUCAGUGUAUAGGAGAUGCAGAGACUGAUGAUGAAAUAUGUAUUGCGAGGUCGCUUCAGGAGUUUGCAGGGGUGUUAAAGAAUCUGGAAGACGAGAGGACACGGAUGAUUGAGAAUGCCAGUGAUGUGUUGAUCACACCACUAGAACGGUUCCGCAAGGAGCAGAUUGGAGCGGCAAAGGAAGCAAGAAAAAAGUAUGACAAGGAAACAGAGAAGUAUUGCAGCGUCUUGGAGAAGCACCUAAACCUGUCUUCCAAGAAAAAAGAAUCACACCUCCUCGAGGCAGACACUCAGGUGGACCAGGUCCGUCAGCAUUUCUACGAAGUGUCGCUGGAGUACGUGUUCAAAGUGCAGGAGGUUCAGGAGAGGAAGAUGUUUGAGUUUGUUGAGCCUUUGCUGGCUUUCCUGCAAGGGCUGUUUACGUUUUAUCACCAUGGCUAUGAGCUGGCAAAGGACUUUAGCCACUUCAAGACAGAGUUAACCAUCAGCAUCCAAAAUACCAGGAAUCGUUUUGAGGGGACGAGGUUAGAGGUGGAGUGCCUGAUGAAGAAGAUGAAGGAGAACCCAGAUGAACACAAGACCAUCAGCCCCCACACCAUGCAGGGCUACCUGUUUGUGCACGAGAAGCGUUCCUUUGUGUCCACAUGGGUGAAGCAUUACUGCACUUACCAAAGAGAGCCCAAGCGGGUCACUAUAGUUCUGUUUGAUCAGAAAUCCGGAGGGAAAGUGGGAGAAGAAGAAACGUUCAUUUUGAAGUCCUGCACUCGCAGGAAGUCCGACUCCAUUGAGAAAAGGUUCUGCUUUGAUGUGGAGGCAGUGGAUCGGCCUGGAGUGAUCACCAUGCAGGCUCUCUCAGAAGAAGACCGGAGACUCUGGAUGGAAGCUAUGGAUGGUAGAGAGCCGGUUUAUAACUUGAACAGAGACAAUCAGAGCGAAGGCACUGCUCAGCUGGAUAGCAUCGGCUUUAAUAUUAUAAAGAAAUUCAUCCAUGCUGUGGAGACACGAGGAAUCAACGAGCAAGGGCUGUACAGAAUAGUUGGUGUCAACUCCAGAGUGCAGAAGCUGCUGGGCUUAUUGAUGGAUUCCAAAACAUCCUCAGAAGUGGAUGUGGACAGUGCCACGGAAUGGGAGAUUAAAACAAUCACCAGCGCGCUGAAGCACUAUCUAAGAAUGCUGCCUGGACCUCUCAUGACAUACCAAUUUCAAAGAAGCUUCAUCAAAGCAGCCAUCCUCAACAAUGUUGAAGUCCUAGCCCUCUCGGUGCUCAACAGCAUUGUUCAUAGACUCCCUGAGAAGAACAGACAGAUGUUGGACUUGCUUGUGAAGCACUUGGCAAAUGUGGCGAACAAUCACCACCAGAACCUGAUGACAGUGGCCAACCUAGGGGUGGUUUUUGGACCAACCUUGCUGCGGCCCCAGGAGGAGACUGUGGCAGCCAUCAUGGACAUUAAGUUCCAGAACAUAGUCAUUGAGAUCCUGAUCGAGAACCAUGAGAAGAUUUUUAACAGUGUGCCCGAGUCUGCAGCGGUGCAGCUGAUCUCGCGUCGGCAGAGUGCAGAAUGCAAGCCCCCCUCCUGCAGUGAGAGACCCCUCACCCUGUUCCACACCACCCCCCCCACCGACAAGCCGGAAAAGAGAAACAGAGCUUUGAACUCCAGUGCAGAGUCCAUUCUGACUAACAUCUCUGCGAACUCCAUCAACAAUCCUCGGCCCAACCUCAGUAGCCUGAACUGCAGUGAUUCUGACCUGGAGACUGUGGUGGUGAAACAGAGCAGGCCUAACUCCUUGAUUCUGUGGUCAAAUUACGCCACGCUCUCAGCAGCAUUCCUCAAGAGAUUGAAUCCCAAAAGCAGAUCAAGCAUACCAACAAGCCCAGCGUCUCCCAGCCCCACAUCUCCACGAUCCCCCUCCUGGCCGAUGUUCUCUGCGCCUUCCAGCCCCAUGCCGGCAUCCUCCACCUCCAGCGACUCCUCCCCCAUCAGCCCAACAGUCCGGAAGGCUCGAGCUCUCUACGCCUGCAAAGCGGAGCAUGGCUCUGAACUGUCUUUCAUUGCCGGCACUAUAUUUGAUAACGUUCAUCCAUCUCGUGAACCAGGGUGGCUGGAAGGCAUGUUGGAAGGGAAGAAGGGAUUAAUACCUGAAAACUACGUGGAGUUUUUAUAGCCAGAGGCGAUGGGUGACACACCCCCGGACCUUGCAUUGUUACCUGUUGUGAUGGAAAGAAGACUGGACAAGAGCUGAGCAUUGCCGAUGUGGCUCCGAAUGGCCUGUGGACCAGCCUGCAGUUUUCCUUCUGUGUGUGCAUCUGUCUGUCUGUGUGCGGACAGUGUGCCGAUUGCUUCUUUUCAUAGAUGGCAAUUCACUUUUUUUCUAGCUUUUGAACCUUAUCAGUCAGGUACACAUCCAUUGGUGUCUCUGAAUAACUGAAAUAGACACGAUAGGAAUAGAACCCUACUGAAAUAUGAUCACCUGCUGAAAUAAGACAGUUUAUUUAAAAUAUUUGGCAUGGUCUUUAAAAAGACCAAAGUCUUGAAAUUUGCAGUGAAGGAGUCUGGUAUAGAAAGGGUUAAAGUUGUUUUUUGUGUGUGUGUGUGUGUUUAUAUGCUGAGCUUUCACAGUCAUUUGUGUCGCUGGGUUUGUUAAUUUGUAAUUCUAAGAAUGUUCUCUUUUAAAGCUCUUAGUAGCAAUGUAAUGUAUGCCAUGGUUGGGAACAGUUCAGAGGAGGCCAUUUAAAGACACUCACAGGACACUGCAACCAUUUUAAAGUGAUAUUUUUUCUAUGGGAGAUUUUGUUUUAAAACCUGGAAAAUCAUUCUCUUGGGAGUCUGUUUUGUGGAAGUGGCUGACAAUGUGAAAUCUUACUCCUGAACUAAUGUGGAAUUGCUCUCUUAUUUAUGAAGCUGUAAUUAUCAUUGUAAAGGAUGCAUUGUGGGGAAUUUUUUAUUUUUUUUUCUGGGAUGGAAAGGGUACAGUUUAGAUUUUAGAUAAGUAAAAUGAUUUUUUUAAUAAGAAAUUUUUAUAUUUGAUAUUUGUAGCCGACUAAUUUUAUUCUUUAGCAUUUUAGUUUUAUGUAAAUAGCUUCCUUUUUAAUUGUAAUCUUGUUUUUUUUAAGUCCACUUAAAUGCUGCCUUAUUAAUUAUUCUAAAUGAGAUAAAGUGAUGGGUUUUAGACUGGAAGAUGAACAAACUUGAUGCAUAUUAGACUGGAGUCUAUACUGACCAAGGGAUAGAUCCCAUAAAUGAACAGCACUAACAUUGUUUAACUGAAACAUGAAAAAUAAAACCAUACAAUAGUGUUAUAUAUAUAUAUAUAUAUAUAUAUAGAUAUACUUGUUGCUUUUUAGACAGGCCUUUUGGUCCCAACAGAUGCAUGCAAUUGAUGAGUACAGGUGUACAUUUUAAAUCUUAGGGCUCAAUCAGGUAUUGUUUAACUUGGUGGACACAUUUAAAAAGAUGAGUUUCAAAUCUUGGGUUUGUAAAUCAUUCAUCUUCUGUGGACGUUUGAUUUCUGAAACGUGACUGUUCCAACUAAGAUUAUUCCUUGGAAAUGAAAUUUAGUUUUUAGUAGAAAGAAAAAAAGACAACAUUGUUUAGAUUACAGUAUAAUAUUAACACGUUCAAUGCAGACUUUCCUAUAUGUGUACAGGUCUUAAGCACUCUUUGCUCCCCGUUUGUAAAAAACACUUCAAGUAGAGAUACGUUGCUUCUUUUUUAUCGUGGCAUAGACAUGCAGUAACAGGCAAGGGAAUAUAUCUUUACAAUGAAAACUAAUGAGAGCACUUGCUGGAAAGCCCAGCAGGCUUUAUUUAAAUAUCACUCCCCAUGACUAAUCAGUAGUCUUAGCAUCUUGUUUAACACAUGAACAAACUGUUGUUAUAUGCAACAAUAAUUCAGUCCAUUUCUACAGCAUUACUGCUACCUUAAAUCAUCUUCAUAAUGGUAUCUGACUUCAGGCCUGUACAAGUGAAUCCACUUAUAUACUGGCAUAUUGUGGACAUGCAUUUUGACAUUAAUCACUUUGAUAUGUGAGUGGUAGAAGUUUCUGGUAUAUCAGGUCUGUAUUUAUAUUAGUUUGUGCUUGUUUGUUCAGGCAUGUCUUCUGAUAGUCCUACAUGUGUUGUUGCUAGUGGAAAAAUUUAUUUCAACAAUACUUAAGUCCAGGACUAUAGCCACAGGUGGCAACUAAAGCUAGUGUCUCCUGUACACUCUAACUGGUACUGGCAUUAUUAAACCAUCUCACAAAACACACACACACACACACACACACCAAAAAGAAUAAUUGUUUUAUUUACAUUUUUGUAGUGCUAGUUAACAUUUUAUAUCCAUUUGGUUUAGGUUACAAACUUCUGCCACAAUGCUAUUACACAUGGUAAUCUGAAAUUGUCAUCUGCUGCAUGUUUCAUUCAAUGAAGGGGUUGUUCUGCUUAUCACUUGCUCUGUAAGUUUUUAAUUGAGCUCCAGACUGAUGUUUUUAUCAUUCUGUGUUUCUGAUUUUAUCAAUU